CAAGAACAAGCUGGAUACGUUUUAAUUACUCUGAUCCGUGGGGCCAGCUACUUGUUUUGGAAUUAAAUCGUCCAUUGUAAUCGGUACAUUAUACACCUGAGUUAAGUUAUUUACAGAUAUUCACAACUCGAUACAUUGGAGGACUGGAGUUCAAGCGCCUAUUUAGAUGUAUAAGAUUGAUACAUUAACAGUAUUUAAAGAUCUAAACCAAUCACAGAAGAUACUGGCUUUGUUGUAAUGGUUUAUCGUGACAAUUAUUUGUUUUGUGUUUAUAUGUGACCUGGAAGACCAACCUUUUACAGACUAUUACAGAACGGGGUCCCCGAGGCUGUUACGAUGGAUUAGGACGUAACACUGACAGAUUUCUCUAGGUAUCAAGGAGUCACAAAACCGACAGAUUUUUUUAAAGGAGAACUGUGGAACCAAAUAUAAUGGCCGCUGGAAAAAUAAAUGGUGGAAGUAAUGACUCAAAGACCAAGAUGUGUUCUCAACACUCAGAUCGGAAAUUCGACAUGGUGUGCAUUACGUGCAAAGAUGAGCCUAUCUGCCGGAAGUGUGUUAGCACUACGCACAUCAAACACACAUGCGCAGAAAUGGAAGGAUACUAUGACACAAAGAAGGACUCGUUCCUUCGACUUGUACAAAAAGCGGACGCUAAAGUCAAAGGAAUGGACGGGAAGUUGAAACGAUUGAAAAAACUCCAGGACCAAAAUAAAAAAUCCAUUGAUGAAACGGUCAACGAAGUGAGAGUGCGAGGAAGGGAGUUGAAAAAUAAAAUAGACAAAAUCACAGAGACCCUAAUAGAAGAAUGUAAAUCUAUAGGUACAAAAAAUGAUGACGUCAUGGGAAAGUUAGAGGAAACGUUAGAAAAAUCAAUGAACGACUUGAAACAGGCGAUACAAAAAUGUAAGAUAGUGAUAGGAUGCGAGAAAUUUGAGGAAUAUGCCUUGAUGGAACGAAAUCUGAGGUCACAUGUCAUCCGGAAACCAGACCAACUUCCGGUUCUCAGCACUCCAAGUCUGUCUUCGAAUACAGAGAAUUCAAGUUAUGAACAACUCCAGAACGCAUACGGCUCCGUGUGCAAAAAAGAAUGGCGGCUUGAUAAAAUGGGUUUAGCGGAGGAGGAUUAUACACCAGCUAUCAACCAGCCACUUCAAAAACCAGCUAAACUCUUCACAGUGUCCGUCCUAGCGUCCUUUGAGCUCUCCGCCCAGAAGUACAUCCGGUCGGUCUGGCCAGUAGACGAGCACAGGUCGUGGGUGAUAUGUGGCGGAAGUAACGAGGCCCACUUAGUUUCCGCUAAAGGUGACAUGGUACAAACAUCGAAGGUAGAUGAUGGUGUAUGGAUUACGGACGUUACAUGUACAUCAGAUGGGGGCAAGACGAUGGUCUGUUGUGGGGACGGAAGCAUUAGAGAGAUUCUACCCAGUGGGGAUUGCAAAACUAUGUUCCACACAGAGUGCUACGCCAACAGUCUGAGCGAGUCAGAACAGGAGGGAUGCGUCACUGUUUGUCGCCACCGAGAACAAAAUCUCGUCAGGGCAACCUACAAGGGCAAGAUUAUGCAGACAAUAAAUUUCGGCGCAGACGGAAAACCACUGUUUUGCAAACCAGUUUGCAUACGCGUCAACAGAAGCAAUGGUGACAUGGCAGUUUUGGAAGCCAAUUCCCCGCGUCAUGUCGUACUGUUUGACAAAGAUUUGAAUCUUCUCGCACGUUACCAAGGAAACAGGGAGAACCUUGGAGGACUUGCCGACAAUGAGUCGGAGCAGGACGAGUUUCAACCAUGGGACGUUUGCUUCGACCGUCAAGGCAACGUCAUGAUUGCAGACGGACGGACCAAAUCGUUGAUUUUGAUUGACCGACACGGACAGACAAUAAGAACCCUGUUUGAUGAUGAUAUCGGACCGACUUGUAUGGGCAUGUGCAAAAAUGGCGACAUGUGGAUAGGCUUCGAUUACGGCAAUGUCAAGGUUAUACGAUUUUCAAACUCUACAUAGAAGAAUCGUUCGUAUCACAAGGGCAAAGAACGUCUCUAACAUCAUUUUGAAGUACGAACCUUAAGUGAGCAUACGUGAAGUUAACAAAUUACUUUCCUUGCAAGAGAAACGAAGUUAAAGUAAUACAUGCGGAGGUCUCUUUAGAGGGCGAAAAUGCAAUAUUUACUUUUCAUAUUCGGACUGUUGCCCAUUCUACAGGCCAUAGUCGCAUCUAGAUCAUUACCUAUUAACGCAUCUGUUGUGUACAGCGGUUGUCAUACUAAUCUUAUUCCCGGAUCUGUAGCUCGCAAUUAAAUGACCAGAGUCCUUUGCUACUGACGAUUGAGGUGUUACUAUUCGAGAUAUGGUAUACGGUCUGUAAAAUGCUGAAAUGUUUUUACUUUUUCACUGUGAUUUAUACUUGAAUUUUCAUUAAAAACGAAUCUUAAAUU